UUGUGAGACGUACCCUCAUCGAGACGGAAGCUCGGUGAUCGCCAUGCUGAACCUGUUCAGGACAAACCGCGGUGGCAAGGUUGCGGCGGGACCCAGCGGCCUUCGAGUGCCUCUGGCGCCCGAUGUGCGCGUGCGGGCGCAGUCGCGCUACAGGGCGGCCGCCUGGCUGCUCUUUCUGCAAAUGGAGAAAACGCUGGGUCGCUUCCACAAGGUGCUCAACCUGCCCACCCUGCAGGACUCCCCGGCGACUUCCCCAAGCGGAUCAUCCACGGUCAUCAGCCUGCCCUGGACCAGCGGCGGCCACGAGCAGGAGACGGCAGACCCGCUCGGAGACAGAGCGUUCCGCGCCUGCCUGGACGACGAAGGGCGACUGCUCAAGCCGCACGAGCUGCGUCUUGCAGUCUACAAGGGCGGUGUCGAGCCAUCUCUCAGGAAGGUCGUCUGGAAGCACAUACUGAACGUGUACCCCGAAGGCCUGACAGGCCGCGAGCGGCUGGCGUACAUGCGCCGCAAAAGCGACCAGUACCUCCAGUUGCGCGCCGCCUGGAAGGCGCUCGUGGAAAAUUCGAGCUUCAGCGAUGACAUCCUACCGGUCAGUAGCAUGGUGCGCAAAGACGUUCUCCGUACAGACCGCUCGCACCCGUUCUACGAAGGCGCAGACGACAAUGUCAACGUCGUCUCGCUCUUCAACCUACUCACCACGUUCGCGCUCAACCACCCAUCGCUCUCUUACUGUCAGGGCAUGAGCGACCUCGCGUCACCUCUGCUGGUGGUGAUGCGUGACGAACCGCAAGCGUACGUGUGCUUCUGUGCGCUCAUGCGCCGCCUGGGGCCGAACUUCGACGAGGACGGCGAAGCUAUGACGCUCAAGUUCAAGCACCUCUCCGACCUGGUCGAGCACUUUGAUUCGGUUUUCUUCAGGUACCUUGAGAAAUGCGGUGCCCAGGACUUGCUAUUCUGCUACCGCUGGCUACUGCUGGAGCUGAAGCGCGAGUUCUGCUUUGACGACGCACUGCGCAUGCUCGAGGUACAGUGGAGCUCGCUUCCGCCGAUGCCACCCGAUGGCGAGCUGCCCCUGUUCGAGCGGCCCUACCAGAUGGCCACGCCAUGCGCGCUGCUGUCGACGCACACCGGUGCCAGCUCACAGAGCAAGGCGGACGUCAUUUGCCGACAGAGCCCGCCGUCGCCAGCCUCACCGUCGGCGUCCACUGUGCGUGAUGAAGGGUCGGCGAAUGCGGACGAGGACAACAAGGAUGGCUGCAAGCCUGUCACCAUGUCUGCCUCACAAGAGCUGGGCACGGAGCGAAACAUCAUGAACGGGCGGCUGUGCGCCGAUGCGUGUCGUAACGGCUGCGGAGACGGCACCGAAAAGUUUGCCUCUGACACAAAGGACACGCCCAAGAACCAUACUAGCGGGGACCACGUGUUCCAUGAAGGAGGUGCUUCCUACAGCGUGGCCUCUGCAGCAGACUCGGGCGCUGUGCCACGGACGAAUGUUUCGAGUUCUACUAAGAAAGGCCGCCGCCGAAGUGCCGCCAACAUGCGGCUGCCACCGCCGCAGCAGCUUGGCGGCGGCAACCCAUUCAUGAUGUUCCUGUGCUUAUCGAUACUCACGCAGCACCGCGACGUCAUCAUGCGCAAGGGCAUGGACUACAACGAACUGGCCAUGCAUUUCGAUAAGCUAGUGCGCCAGCACGACUUGCAAAGUGUGCUCCACCACGCCAGGGCCUUGUACUCCGAAUACUUGGGCCUGGGAUGGGACGAACCAUGGGAAGUCCACCCACGUGCAUAACUCCACGAAUUUAUAUUCAACUGUAUAGGUGGCAGCUGGCUAUUCUCACCUGGGUAGCCUAGCGCGUGAGACCCUAGUAACGAGGACUUAACGGGGACAGUUCACUUCAAUUCUGCUUGCAGCUGAACAGCAUCCAUUCCCAGUUGCUUUAUGCGUGCCACCAUAGUGGUAUGUCUCCGUAGUCCAGCCCAGACGAGCAAUGUUUUCUUUCACAGCGUUGCGCUUUGAUAUUCGUAUGCGUCAAUAUCAUGCUGUUAGAUUUUAGCUUGAUUUUAGUCGAGAAUUGCUAGCGUGCGUGUGCGUUGCCAUCGUUUAGGUUUUGUGGCUUAUCUUUUGAACCAGCGAAAAGCCCCGUUAUCAACGUGGCCGUAAGGAGCAGUGUCUGAUUUACGUGGAGUACCACCGUAAUGCGAUGGUUGUUAUCACAGCGAACGCAGCACUUGAUUGAGGUUUUAUUAUGAAUUUGUCGAAGGCUUUAGUGGCUGGGAAGCCUGUCAAGUGCAUGAUAAAGAUUUUUAGCGUGGAGUUGUUGAAAGAGAGACGUUAGUGCCACAAUCUGCAACAUGCUCAGUUUUCUCCUUUAUUUGCAUGAGCAAUUAGCUUAAUACAUAACCGAAGCUGUCGACAGAGGCGAACAUUGUCGCAGCUGUUCCAAUUAAUUUAAAGGAAUUGACAAUGGAACAGGUAUGAGGCGUAUGCUUUGCAAGUUAGUGAAACACUAAAGGCCUUAACCAAUUUUCUUUUCUUGAAGGGCUGAAAAGGUUAUACGCAACAAAGAAUAUCGUAACGUGCGUUUGUGUUGUAAGCAACCGUAAGCGUGUUUUUCUUUUAAUAGUGUCCGCGAAGUGUGCGCAAGUGAAAAUAAGCAAUAUCGAAAGCUGACUAUUAACAUUUGUUAAAAAAAAAAUCCAUCCGUAGGUGUGUAGCACAUAAAGUUACAUUGAAACGCAGUAGUUUUCAA